UAAUUAACGGGAUCAUCUGUACACCUGCGCUGUGAUCACGUGCAGCUGCAGGGUCACGUGGUGUCGUCAGCAGCAGGGACGCUCAAACUACCCGUGAAGGAGGCGAGUCAAGGUGUGACUACUUGCGAGUGCUCCUCGACUCCAGCAGGUGGACACGAUGAACUAUGUGGGGCAGCUAGCGGGCCAGGUGCUGGUGACGGUAAAGGAGCUGUACAAGGGGAUCAACCAGGCCACUCUGUCAGGCUGCAUCGACGUGAUCGUGGUCCAACAGCCUGAUGGCACCUUCCAGUGCUCCCCUUUCCAUGUCCGCUUUGGAAAACUGGGGGUGCUACGCUCCAGGGAGAAGGUGAUUGAUAUAGAAAUUAAUGGGGAACCUGUGGACUUGCACAUGAAGCUUGGAGACAACGGGGAGGCCUUUUUUGUCCAGGAGACAGAGCAGCACAAUGAGAUCAUACCAGCCCACCUGGUCACCUCACCUAUACCCACAGAAGAGGCUCUGUUCAGGAGCAGAGAACUCCGAUUUGGGGCCUCAGAGGUAGAGAGCACUGAGCCUCUCAAUCCCGAGGACCUGGUCUCUGGAAACCAGCCUUGCUCCUACUUUGCUGGCAAGAAGAAGAAGAGACGUAGGAGGAAGCACAAGAGUGAGCCACGCAGUGGGGAGCUGGAGGUGUGUGAGCUGAUGUUGGAUGAGGAACAUGACAGACACAAUGGACAGGCAUCUUUACUCUUAAAGAAGAAGGAUAAUACGGACAACGAUCAGCAUUUUCCGCUCAGUGCCUUAGAAUGGGAAAGCUAUCCCUUCUCUGACAGAGAGUGGUCACCGUGCACUAUGGAGAUGUCUGAGCCCAUGUCGCCCAAAAGUGACUCAGAGCUGAUGGUGAAGCCAGCACAGAGCAUUCUCAGGACCGAGCCCCACAUGCAGUGGACUUGGGGCGGGUUUCCAGAAUCCACCAGGGUCAACAGAAAGGACAAAUCCGAGCCAAAGAUGUUGACCAUCUCUCCCUCAGAGAAUACACAUUUCAGGGUUAUCUUGAGGUCUGAAGCCAUAGAGGAGGAGUCGAGCAAAGGAGAGAAAACCGCAGAUGCUGUUUGCAGUAUUGUUAAACCAGAGCCUCGUACCAUCAAGCCGAAACAGUGCAACUGCAAACCCCAGCCCCCUGAAACUUUGUUGCACAGUGCAAACAUUACAGAGCACAAGCCAGACCUUUGUAGUGAAACGUCCAGCAGAUUUACCUCUGAGCAUAGUAGCUCUGACCUCAACACAAAAACAGUGCAUAAAACCAGGUGGACGUCAUCACAACCCAGCUGCAAGGACAGUGGCUCUGUUGCUGGUGGAGGCUCUGCCUCAGCUGGUCCUGAUACAGGAGCAUCCCCCAAACCCCCAGAUGCCCCCUUUGAGAGGAGAGGUGUGAGGAAGAGAAGCCAGCAUCAGGGACCUGAAGAUAUUUACCUGGAUGAUUUAAAUGCACUCCAGCCUGAUGUUGUUGCUCGAUACUUCCCAAAAAGUGAAUCUGAGCAGGUACUCAAACACUGGGUGGAGGUAGGCCGGCGCUCUGUAUCCCAGUCACCUCAGUCCAUUGGCAGCGCAGCAGCAGACAGUGGCACUGAGUGCUUGUAUGACUCUGUAGGUGACCUGCCUGAUGUCAGACUGUCACUGUGUGGAGGUGUUAGUGAGAACUCAGAAAUCUCUAAAGAAAAAUUCGUGGAGCACAUCGUCACCUACAGCGAAUUCGCAGAGAAUCCAGCGAUUAUCGACAAUCCCAAUUUAGUGCUUAGAAUUGGAAACAGGUAUUACAACUGGACCCUGGCAGCACCGUUAAUCCUCAGUAUGCAGGCUUUUCAGAAGAACUUACCAAAGGCUACAGAGGAGGCCUGGGUUAAAGAGAAAAUGCCAAAAAAGUCUGGACGAUGGUGGUUCUGGAGAAAGAGCAGCGUGAAGCAGUCAUCAUUUGAGACCAAGCUGGAGAGGCAGGAGUCCCUAAACACAGAGAGUCCUGCCCCUCACCAGGCUCCGGAAACACAGCUGAAAACAGCAGAGUGGUCUAGUGACGAGGAAACUAAAGAGCUCAGGGCUGUGGCGCCUGAGCCUGUGCAGACAGAGGACUCGGCACCGACGCCUUGUCAGUCUUACAAGAAAUCCCUCCGCUUGUCAUCUGAUGAGAUAGCCAGCCUGAAGCUAAAAGAGGGGCCUAAUGAUGUCACCUUCAGCAUAACCACCCAGUACCAGGGGACCUGUCGCUGUGAGGGCACCAUCUACCUGUGGAAAUGGGACGACAAGGUUGUAAUCUCUGACAUCGAUGGCACCAUCACCAAGUCAGAUGUGUUUGGACACAUUCUGCCUCAGCUUGGUAAAGACUGGACUCAUGAAGGAAUCGCUAAGUUUUACCACUCAGUGCACGAGAAUGGCUACAAGUUCCUGUACUGUUCGGCCCGGGCGAUCGGCAUGGCUGACAUGACCCGAGGAUAUCUGCACUGGGUGAAUGACAGAGGGACCCUCCUGCCUCAAGGACCCCUCAUGCUCUCCCCAAGUAGCCUCUUUUCUGCCUUCCACCGAGAAGUCAUUGAAAAAAAGCCUGAGAAGUUCAAGAUCGAAUGCCUCACAGACAUCAGGAACUUGUUUUUCUCAAACACGCAUCCCUUCUACGCGGCCUUUGGAAACAGAGAAAGUGACGUGUUUGCCUACAAACAAGUGGGUGUGCCUGCGUGCAGGAUAUUCAAAGUGAAUCCCAAAGGGGAGUUGAUCCUUGAGCAAGCCAAAGGCAAUAAAACGUCUUACAGCCGGCUGAGCGAGUUGGUGGAGCAUGUUUUUCCUUUACGGGGUUCACAACACAGCGCCACCUUCAGCUGCCCAGAGUUCAGCUCCUUCUCUUACUGGAAACAACCGAUUGCUGAGGUGUAUUUUGACGAGCUGCUUUAAUGCACUGUUUAAUUUAUUUAUCCCCACUCUACUUAGAAGUAAUUUAUUUUGACUGUAUGCACUGGAUUAACACAGAUAACACAACUGGAAUAGUUGGAUAUUGUCUAAAACAUGUUCCAGUUUAGUUAAAAAGUCUGGUAUAUUAAUAAGGUCAAUAUUUAUUAGUGCAGCAACAUCAUCUUCUUCUUCAGGGUUUAUUCCCUUCAUGCACUUUGUGUUCUUUGUGUUUGAGCUGCACAGUUAAUAGGUCUGUCUAAAGAGUGUCAGCUUUCGCAUAUAUAAAAAGUUUGAUUUAUGAGUUAAUUAUUUGCACACUUUUUUUGUUUAAAAAGAAAAAAGAAAAAUUGCCUCAGCACUUUUUUUUAGGAAAGGUUAGUGGAAUUGGCGCUCUGCUCAUGUGAUGUAGUUGGCCGUUUAAUGACUUAUUUGCUCUCUGUCAGUGUUAUUUAAUGUAUACAGAUAUUUGAUCCAGUGCUUAAGGAUUCUGCAAUAUUUAUGUUUAAAGGAAAAAAAUGUAGUUAAGUUUAUUAUUGCAAUGUGGAAAAACCAUGACGAACUUUGCAUCUGGCUGCUAUUUAGCAAAUAUUUUGGCAAAAUCUAAAUUGAGUUAGACUUGCAGUAGAAAACUAAUUUUAAAACACUUUGUUUUUGCCAGA